AAAAAAACUUUACCAGGGGGAACAAUCCCAGUUUUUAUCCCCUUCCUAACUAUCAUCAAACAAGACAAAUCGACAACACGACCAGAUUUAAACCCCGAAAUGUCUCCUCCAUCCAGAAGACUGCAGACCAAACCCGUGAUAACAUGCCUGAAGACUUUUCUGAUCUCUUACAGCCUUAUAUUUUGGUUCACAGGGGUGAUCCUGUUAGCAGUGGGCGUCUGGGGGAAGGUUAGUCUGGAGUCCUACCUCUUGCUAACCUCAGACGUGAGCACCAAUGCACCAUAUGUCCUUAUUGGCACUGGUGCAGUCAUCGUCAUCUUUGGCCUGUUCGGUUGCUUUGCCACCUGCCGUGGUAGUCCAUGGAUGCUGAAACUGUAUGCUAUGUUCCUGAUUCUGGUGUUCUUGGCUGAACUCGUGGCAGGCAUUUCUGGCUUUGUUUUCAGACAUGAGAUUAAAGCAGUACUUAGUGAUGUAUACCAAAAUGCUGAAGUAAAUUACAAUACUACAGAUGGCAGAAACCAAGCAGUGGAUUCCAUGCAGAGAUCUCUGAAGUGCUGUGGUGUGUACAACUACACUAGCUGGGGACAGACGGAGUACUUCAAGCAGUAUGGCAUACCGAAAAGCUGCUGUAUGUCACUGACUAAUUGUACCGCUGAAAAUCUCAAAGAUCUCAACCUGGCUCGAACAGUGGUAUACCAGCAGGGCUGCUUUUCUCUAGUGACAAUGGUGAUGGAAUCUAAUUUGGGAAUCAUUGCUGGGAUAUCAUUUGGAAUAGCGUUCUUCCAGCUUAUUGGUGUAUUCUUGGCAUGCUGCUUGUCACGCUACAUCACCAACAACCAGUAUGAAAUGGUCUAGGCAUUUCAGGGAGGAAACAUAAGGUCACCCAUGAUAUACGACACAAAGGGAAGCCAUAUAGUUUUAGAAUUGUCUUUCAUUUUUAGAAAAUCCUCCAGCUAACUUUUUUAAGUGUUAGUCCAUGGCAACUAGAUCGUAAGGAAGGAUUUAAUUAGCUAUGUAGGGGAUCAUGUCUUUUCACAGUAAUUCAUCUUGAUGCAGUUAUGUGCCUUUUGUAGUUUGUAAAUGGAAAUCAUGAAAAGAAUUCACAGAAAGUGGAGCGUUUGCAGGCUUUUGGCAGUGAUAAACUUGUGAAAUUGAUGGUAUAGACAUUGACUGACUUGCCUUUGUUAGUUGGUCUUAAUAUUAUGAAUUUUUCAGUUUAAUAAAUUGCAAAUUGUAUUUGCUAAAGAUAGGUCAAAAUCAAUUAAUUUUGAGUAGAGCUAAAUAAAUUGGGGUUAUGUUGAUAUGAGGUGGCAUUGUAUAUUCAAGCCUUAUUGCCUUAUCAAAAUAUGUUGAAUUUUAGAUCCUUCUUUAUGGGUCAACAUUUAAUAUGAAUGAGGUUCACUAACAUUAACACAGUGAUGCAUCAUAAUGACAGUCAGUUUAUUAUAAAUAUAUGUAUUGCUUUUGUUGAUUGAGUGGCUUUAUUAUGAUGAUAUGUUUUUGUUAAUUCACAUUCCCUGCAACACAACAGCAGAGGGCACAUCUGCCCUGAUAGAGUGCUUACUCUGAAGUGAUUCCAGUUUUCUGCUUUUUUUCUUCUUUUUUCCUUUUUGUGAAACACUGGCAUUUCUAAGUCCGCUGGUGUGACACAUAACUCAAUUAUUACGUUUCAACGUCUCGUAUGUCUAAGUUAACAUUUUAAAGCAUGUAGUAUCUGUAUUAUGUCAAUGAUAAUCCAGUGUUAAUAGCUUGCUUUGAGUUGUGUGAACAGCAUGUAUUAUACAUCAAAAAGAAUAAACUAGUGUAAGUUA